AAAUGGCCUCUAAAUAUUGUGAAUACAAAUCUGUUUUGGAGGUCAAAUGGCCUCUACAUAUUGUGAAUACAAUUCUGUUUCGGAAAUGUCAUGGACCAUGCGUAUAUUGUUCAAUAAGUUUUUUUUGGAGUUCAAAUGGCCUUCAUUUUAUAGUUAUUUACUCUAAAACGUUUGGUAAGAAAAAUUCUGAUAUGUUUGUAAGAUUUAUAUGGAUAAGUGUCAUGUGGUUUUUAUGAAACAUAGUUUAGGGAAGUCCAAUUUGCACACCUUAGGUUCCCAUAACUUCAAAAAAAUAACAAGAAUAGUUAGAUACCUGGUUUUACUAUAAGAAUGAGUGGAGUAUAUUGUGGAAGGGAACAAUGUUAAUAAUUUUUCUGUGUAUGUGCUACGACAACUACUUUUAUUGUUCUCUUUGUAUAUGGACAGCAAUGCCUGAGUCACGUGGUGAAAAUUGCUCAAGCUCAGGAAAGUCAAUAGUUGAGUACCCAAUUUGUUACUGUGGAAUUAAAGCUUGUCAAAGAACUGCGCAUAUGGAUGAAAAUGAGGGGCGGCGAUUUUUUGGAUGCCAAAACUAUAUGUCUGGGAAGUCUUGUGGAUACUUCUUCUGGUAUGACCCUGAAAUAUCAUCAUAUUGCCAAAAAACUAUCAAACGAUUACAACACUCAAUUGAUAAAUUAAAACUUGAAGUUGAAAAGAUCCAAGCAUCAAUGGAUAUCCAAAGCUUGAAUCAUCGACUACAAAUAGAGUCCGAGAAGCGCAAGAGGCAAAUGGAGAAGGCUACCUACGUGACACUAAUUUCAUUGUCGUGGUUUUUCUUUGUUGGGUUGCUUAUAUCUAGUUGUGGUUGGUUCAAAGGGAAAUGUUAAUAUAGUUGUAGAAGUAAGCAACUACAAAAGUCUAUUAGUAUGUAGAAGAUCUUUGUAUUUUGUGGAAGGUGGGCUGUCAGCUUGUUGCUGGAAAUUUUGGAUCCGAGUGCUGGAUCUUUGUAUCAUUGUGGAAAGUGUUUGUAUUUUGUGAAAACGAUAUGUAUUUGUUGAUAUUAAUGAAAAUGAAGUUUGUAUUAUUAA